AUGGACGAGUCGGACGACCUGCAGGAGAUCUGCCGGACCACCACCCCGCCCAUUCAGUACGCCACGGAGGACAGCUACGCGAUGAUCCGCCUCGUCCGCGCCUUCAACGCCCGCCGGGGGCGCACCCUCGCCGCCUACACCUUCGACGCCGGCGCGAACUGCUUCAUCUUCACCCUCGAGCAGGACCUCCCCGAGCUCGUCGCGAUGCUCAUGGCGCACUUCCCAACAAACCCGGACAAGUUCUUCUUCGAGGACGAGAAGAUGAAGGAGGUCUGCCUUCAUACUACGGCCCCUGAGGACUGCACAAACCUCAUUGACUACCCCAAAAAGAGCUUCGAGAUGCUCCUCGAAUCGAGUGUGGGGGCGGGGGUGAGGCUGCUGGGGGAUGAGGAAUCCCUCAUCAAGAAUUGA